UAAUGGCCACAGGCUUCCUGGGGAACCUUCCCACCAGCCUCCCCAGGCGGGGCUUUCUUCUGUGUCUCCUGCUGCUCUCAUGCUCAGCCUUGUUGACAGGGUCCCAAAUCCAGGAUUUCAUUGUUGCAGACAAAUUCCAAGUGUAUCUCCAGCAACCUGCUGAGGGAGGGGAACAUGAGAAGGGUCUCUCCAGAUUCCAGAUGGCUCAGGGAGGCCCUGCCUGUGACCCAGGUGCCCACACAGUGAGGAAACAGCUGCUGCAUCCCAAAGAUGCUGCUGCAGACCAACUAUACCCACUCUUUCAGCUUCUGCAGCUGACAAAACCAAACCAUCACAGAGCUCCCCAUAACAGCAUUUCCUGCUAUAUAAAUGCCUGGCUGUUAAAAGAGAAUUACCUUCCUCUCUAAAGAUGGAACUGUUGUUUGAAACCAAUUUCUGUGACCCUUUUGGCAAAUCCUGAACGUGGGCUGGUAAAGACAUGGAUGUGACCUCCCCAGCCCACAUCCUUGAUGUGGAGAUCUACCCAGGCACCGUGCAGCUGGCAACCACCAACAGUACCUCCCCAGAACUCAACCUGUCCCAGCUGUUGCUUGGCACCGCCGUGGUGAACCAGACAGGUGACCUCUCCGAGCACCAGCAGUAUGUCAUUGGCCUCUUCCUCUCCUGCCUCUAUACCAUCUUCCUUUUCCCCAUCGGCUUUGUGGGGAACAUUCUGAUACUGGUGGUGAAUAUCAGCUUCCGUGAAAAGAUGACGAUCCCAGACCUAUACUUCAUCAAUCUGGCCGCGGCAGACCUCAUCCUGGUGGCUGACUCCCUGAUUGAGGUAUUCAACCUGGAUGAGCAGUAUUAUGACAUUGCUGUGCUCUGUACUUUCAUGUCUCUCUUCCUGCAGAUCAACAUGUACAGUAGUGUCUUCUUCCUCACCUGGAUGAGCUUUGAUAGGUAUAUUGCGCUGGCCAAGGCCAUGCGCUCUAGCCUCUUCCGCACAAAGCACCGUGCCAGGCUCAGCUGCGGCCUCAUUUGGAUGGCCGCUGUCUCAGCCACCCUAGUGCCCUUCACGGCUGUCCACUUGCAGCACACUGAGGAGGCCUGCUUCUGCUUUGCAGACGUCAAGGAAGUGCAGUGGCUGGAGGUCACCUUGGGGUUCAUUGUGCCUUUUGCCAUCAUUGGGCUCUGCUACUCCCUCAUCGUCCGGGUGCUCAUCAAGGCUCACAGGCACCGAGGCCUACACCCCCGGAGGCAGAAGGCCCUCCGAAUGAUCUUCGCUGUGGUCCUGGUCUUCUUCAUCUGCUGGCUGCCAGAGAAUGUCUUCAUCAGUGUUCACCUCCUACAGCGGACACAACCAGGCGAUGCUCCCUGCAAACAGUCCUUCCGCCAUGCCUACCCCCUGACCGGCCACAUCGUUAACCUUGCAGCUUUCUCCAACAGCUGCCUGAACCCCCUCAUCUACAGUUUCCUUGGGGAAACCUUCAGGGACAAGCUGAGGCUGUAUGUUAAGGAGAAGACAAAUCUGCCGGCCUUGAACCGUUUCUGCCAUGCAGCCUUGAAGGCAGUCAUCCCAGACAGUACUGAGCAGUCAGACACAAAGUUCAGCAGUGCUGUGUGAGAAGCCUUGCUGGAAAUAGCAUGUGCUUUGGCAAGGUGGGCAGCAGGCAUGGUUGUGGCGCACUCCCAUAUCUUGGUGCUGUGGUGAGUCACACCUGCUGGACACAGCUUGCUCAGGUCCUCCCUGGCCUUGUCCUGCUCAUAGACUUGCAAGGGACCAAGCACUCGUGACUGCAGGUUGCAUGGCUCUGGCCUCAAAGGGCACGGGAAUGGCUUGUAGCUCGGCUGUCUCUGCACAUACUGUUUCCCCAGUGGAAAAUGAUUCUGCUCUUGACCAACAACAGCCAAAAUGAAGAGGGUGAUCCCAGUGAGAGCACUUGGGUAAAAGGGAAACCUGCAACAUUAUCAGUGGCUCUGGGGGAAAACAAAGUCUGGAGAUAGAACCCACCUAGUGAUCUACACUGGAUGUUUCCCGUACAUAUGAAUGUAAUUCAUUACACAUGUAGUAACCUGCAUAUCCUAAGCUGAAGAGGAAUAGAAAGAAGUGCUCCUUUUGCACACACCCUGAGCAUUCUUAUCUCUUUGCGUGCUGCAGCACUGCCCCUAGCCAGCCCUCGAAUGUCAGCCAGGUAACCCUGGGUGCUGAGCUGAGAAGGCCCUCCUUUAGCAGAGUGCCUGCCCAUCUGCCCACCUGCCUGGAGAUGCCCACUUUGUUGCUAUAUUGUUUACAACAGUCUGCAGUUCCCAGAGUAUGGGAUGAGACUGGGAGCCAAUAUGAAAUACUCUGCAUGUACAGUUGAAGAAUUUGCCACUACAAUCGUAACACUGGGGACAAUAAUAACGAUGAUGAUGAUGACAUAAACAGUUCUCAUUAAAAUGUAAAGAAAAGAAAAA